ACACGUUCUGUACCGGGGCGCGCGGGCAAGCGUUGCAGACACACCUCACCCAUGGCGUCGUCUACAACAGCUUCCCAAGAAGAACUCAAGGACGCCAAGGUCCCUCUUGGCUGGCGGGACCGCUGUUCUGCGUUGCUGAUCCCUUUGAACGUCUGCCGGAGGGAGAAGUCCUACCUGCCAUGGGAGUGUGAGGAUCAGAAGCACGCCUAUGAAAAGUGCGUAUGCGUUGCACACUCUCUCUAUGUCCGUAGAAUGAAGGCGCUUUCGAAGGCAAAGUUCGCAGCCCAAGAAGAACAAUAG